ACCAUGGACGAGCAGGCUGGUCCCGGCGUCUUCUUCAGUAACAACCACCCGGGCGCCGGCGCUGCCAAGGGGCUCGGGCCUCUGGCGGAGGCUGCCGCGGCCGGCGACGGAGCUGCUGCGGCGGGGGCGGCCCGAGCCCAGUACAGCCUCCCGGGGAUCCUGCACUUCCUGCAGCACGAGUGGGCCCGCUUCGAGGUGGAGAGAGCCCAGUGGGAGGUGGAGCGGGCGGAGCUGCAGGCCCAGAUUGCCUUUCUUCAGGGAGAAAGGAAAGGUCAAGAAAAUCUGAAGAAGGAUCUGGUGAGGAGGAUCAAAAUGCUGGAAUAUGCUCUGAAACAGGAAAGAGCCAAAUACCAUAAGUUGAAAUAUGGAACAGAAUUGAAUCAGGGAGAUAUGAAGCCUCCAAGCUAUGAUUCUGAUGACGGUAAUGAAACAGAAGUACAGCCACAACAGAACAGCCAAUUAAUGUGGAAACAAGGUCGACAACUACUUAGACAGUAUCUUCAGGAGGUGGGCUACACAGAUACCAUCCUUGAUGUGAAAUCUAAACGAGUGCGAGCUUUGUUGGGCUUUUCAAGUGAUGUCACUGACAGGGAAGAUGACAAAAAUCAGGACUCGAUUAUAAAUGGCACAGAGGCUGAAGUUAAAGAGACAGCAAUGAUUGGAAAAUCCGAGUUAACAGAUUCUGCCUCCGUGCUGGAUAAUUUCAAAUUUCUUGAAAGUGCAGCUGCAGAUUUCAGUGAUGAAGAAGAUGAUGAUGAUAUUGAUGGGAGAGAAAAAAGCAUCAUUGAUACUUCAACAAUUGUUAGGAAAAAGGUAUUGCCUGAUAGCAGUGAAGACAGAGAUACAAAAGAAGCCCUAAAGGAAUUUGACUUCCUGGUUACAUCAGAUGAAGGAGAUAAUGAAUCUAGAAGUGCUGGUGACGGGACAGAUUGGGAAAAGGAAGACCAGUGUCUCAUGCCUGAAGCCUGGAAUGUGGACCAGGGAGUAAUUACCAAACUCAAGGAACAAUACAAAAAGGAGAGAAAGGGGAAAAAGGGGGUGAAGAGACCCAACAGGUCAAAACUGCAAGAUAUGCUUGCUAAUUUGAGAGAUGUAGAUGAACUUCCCUCAUUACAGCCUUCCGUCGGUUCACCUUCCAGACCCAGCAGUUCCAGGCUCCCUGAACAUGAAAUAAAUAGGGCAGAUGAAGUGGAAGCAUUAACAUUUCCUCCUUCUUCUGGGAAGUCGUUCAUCAUGGGUGCAGAUGAAGCCCUUGAGAGUGAACUAGGACUUGGAGAACUGGCUGGUCUUACUGUGGCCAAUGAAGCAGAUUCACUAACUUAUGAUAUAGCAAACAAUAAAGAUGCAUUGAGAAGGACGUGGAAUCCCAAGUUUACGUUAAGAAGUCACUUUGAUGGCAUUCGAGCCCUCGCUUUCCAUCCCAUCGAACCUGUUUUGAUAACAGCAUCAGAAGAUCACACAUUGAAAAUGUGGAAUUUACAGAAAACUGCCCCUGCCAAAAAGAGUACUUCUCUCGAUGUAGAACCUAUCUAUACUUUCAGGGCACAUAAAGGUCCGGUGUUGUGUGUGGUAAUGAGUAGUAAUGGUGAGCAGUGUUACAGUGGAGGUACCGAUGGACUCAUCCAGGGCUGGAAUACUACUAACCCCAACAUCGAUCCCUAUGACUCUUAUGAUCCUUCUGUUCUCCGAGGUCCCCUGCUUGGCCACACUGACGCAGUCUGGGGUCUGGCCUACAGUGCAGCACAUCAACGUUUACUGUCUUGUUCAGCAGAUGGCACGCUCCGUUUAUGGAGUACAACUGAGGUUGCUCCAGCCCUAAGUGUAUUUAAUGAUAAUCAAGAUUUGGGAAUCCCAGCCUCUGUGGAUCUAGUGAGCAGUGAACCCAGCCAUAUGGUAGCGUCAUUCAGCAAAGGAUACACAAGCAUCUUUAACAUGGAAACACAGCAACGCAUUCUCACUUUAGAAUCCAACCUGGAUACAUCAUCCACUACUUCCUGCCAAAUUAAUCGAGUCAUCAGUCACCCUACUCUUCCUAUCAGCAUCACAGCUCAUGAAGACAGACACAUCAAAUUCUUUGAUAACAACACAGGCAAAUUGAUCCAUUCAAUGGUGGCCCACCUAGAAGCUGUUACAAGUUUAGCAGUUGAUCCAAAUGGCCUAUAUUUAAUGUCUGGAAGUCAUGACUGUUCAAUACGUUUGUGGAACCUAGAAAGUAAAACAUGUAUCCAAGAGUUCACAGCCCACCGGAAAAAAUUUGAAGAAUCAAUUCAUGAUGUAGCUUUUCACCCAUCUAAAUGCUAUAUAGCCAGUGCUGGAGCUGAUGCACUAGCUAAAGUCUUUGUAUGACACAAUACAUCAUCUUUACCUUCUAGCUCUUUUAAAUAAUCAACUGCACAAAGAGAUACAGAAGACCAGGGCAAGCAUCAACUCGUCCUACCCUUUUGUUUGGCCGAAGGAGCACAGAACAUUUGUUUAAAAUAUAGUUUUGCAAUUCAUAUACUGUUUUUUAAAACUAAGAUUUGUUCAGGUAGCUGCAAAGCUCAGCUGAAUCUAUGAGCCUGAAAACUGUUUCAAAUUUCCCCCCCAAUAGGCGCUUUUAUCUGAGGUGGCCCAAAAUCCCAAGGCUAGCCUGAGCGAACACCAAGUUUUGUGUGUCCCUGCUAAUCGAUUUAGUAUUCUGUAUCAAGACCUUGAUGGCUGGGGGUGAAGAGAGGAAGAACAGGACUUUAUCCCCUGAGAAUCUUGUGAAA